GUGACGCGACGGUGCCGGUGUGGUGAGAGAAGAAGAAGAAGAAGAAGCGGGGCUGAGAGGAGAAGAAGAGAAGAUAGAAGAAUGUGGACAGCCGGGGCCUUCACCCUCACCGGACUCCUCCUCACACUACUGAGCCAGCCGGGACACCCGCUCCGACCCGGGGAGUGCGAAGUCUGUGUCUCUUUCUUGACCCGCUUCUACCAAUCCCUGAAGGAGAAGAAUGUGGAGUUCACGCCGCCCUCCGUGGAGAAGGAGCUCCUGAAGCUCUGCAAUGAGGUUAAAGGCAAAGAGAACCGAUUUUGUUAUUAUAUCGGGGGCACUGUUGACGCUGCUACAAAGAUCACCAAUGAGAUUUCCAGGCCGCUGAGCAACCACAUUCCUCCCGAGAAGAUCUGCGAGAAGCUGAAGAAGCAGGACGGACAGAUCUGUGAGCUGAAAUACGACAAGCAGAUAGAUCUGAGCACGGUUGACCUAAAGAAACUGCGGGUGAAGGAGCUGAAGAAGAUCCUAGACGACUGGGACGAGAUCUGCAAGGGCUGCGCCGAGAAAUCCGACUUCAUCCGCAAGAUCAACGAACUGAUGCCCAAAUACGCUCCCAACGCUGCCCAGGCACGGACUGACCUCUGACCCCCACACUCCUUCCCCGAGGAGCCUCAAUAAAGGACUCUCAGCACUGCCCUUUGCGGAAGCCAGCGGGCCGACCUUUAGAUUUAUUUCUACUUCUUUUAACGGCAUAGAUUUCCUUUUCUGUUCCAUGGUUUGGUAGCGUCUGGAGGAGGAUCACCAGAUGACGGGUUUCACACUUUUUGUUUUGUUGUAAGUUAUUGAUCCUCGCUGUGCCGUUUUCUCACCAGGUUUACAGCAAUGGUUAAAGAUUUUUUUUUUUUUUUUUUUUCUUGAGUGGGGAUUUAUUUCUAUGAAAAUUUAAAAAAGCACCCACUCUUGCUGUGCUGACCAUAUACUCGGCUCCGGACUUGUCACACGUGGCUGUCCUGCAUGUGUCACGUCUUGUGUACCUUUUCAGGAGUGACAACGAUAACCGGGG